AAAGUAAUAAACGUUCGCAUAAGUGCUAUCGAUUUUAAGCCGUAUCGUCUGCUAUUCCCAGCUGGCAGCUUUUUACCUCUAAACAGCAACUUUAACUCAGCGAUUGAGAACACAUUUGUGCUAAAGAUCACUUGUGGUACAUGUCACGUGAUCGAAUUACACCUGAUUUCCCAAUUCAUAGUAAUUAGAGUGAGAUCAGAACAUGUAAUAAUUAGUUAAAAUGCACCUGCUUCAGUACUCUAAGAUCAAAUAUGGAUGGUCGUGGUUGGUUUCAUAAUUGCUUUCGUCCUCGCCUUUGGAAUCGGUGCUAAUGAUGUUGCAAAUUCAUUCGGGACUAGCGUUGGUGCCAAAGUAUUAACACUGAAGCAGGCUUGCCUUCUCGCUACAAUUUGCGAAUUAAGUGGCUCUGUUCUCUUGGGUGCUAAGGUGUCCAAUACAAUACGUAAAGGUAUUGUUAGCGUCGAGCUUUUCAGUAAACUUGAAAAUGGGCAUGUCGUUUUGAUGGCCGGACAAGUUGCUGCUUUGGGAGGUUCUUGCAUUUGGCUGUUGUUAGCCACAUUCUUCCGUCUUCCAGUCUCUGGUACACACAGUAUUGUUGGUGCCACAAUGGGUUUCAGCCUUGUCAUCUUCGGACUUAAUGCUAUUCAGUGGCAGGGACUACUAAGAAUCGUUGGUUCAUGGUUCCUUUCACCUGUUCUAAGUGGUGUAGCGUCCAUUGGAGUAUUUUUCCUUAUGCGUUUCCUGGUUCUCAGAAAAGAUGAUCCCCUUGAACCUGCUCUUAAACUGCUCCCAGGAUUUUUUGGCACAGUAGUACUAGUCAACUGUUUUUCAAUAUUUUAUGAAGGACCUCCAUUAUUAAAAUUCGAUGAAAUACCUCUUUAUGGAGUAUUCAUACUUAGUUGUGGUUUUGGUAUCAUCACUGUUCUAAUUGUGAAGUUCCUCUGGGUACCUCUCAUUCGUCGACGAAUUUUGACUGGAGAAUCCAGUACACAUAUUAUGAAACGCUGUUUAACGCGUAAGCACCAGAAGAAAUCUUCAUCUGAAGACAGUAAACACCCAUCUCUUGCUGAUACUGACCCGUCUGGAAAUCCAACUGCAAAUCAUGAAUCGAUCAAUAUGAACACCUAUACACCCAGUUCGGAUGGAGAACGUGUGGUUGGAUUUAAGAAGAAUAAUAAUGAAGGUGUUAUCGGACAGUCUAAUGAUGAACACAAUACUAAUAUUAAAAAUGUCAAAGCUAAAACUAUACUGUCUGGUAGUGAAGACGCAAUUUCAAAUGAAGUUCCAAGUCAUUUUGAAGUUAAGCCAAGUAUUAUACCAGACGAAUUGAGUAAUGAAGAAAGAAAACUGCGUAAAAGUAAUCAGUUAAACGUAGUUAUGGCCUAUUCAUCAAAUGAUCAAUAUUUGAAUAAUGAUGGUACCCAUACGUUAACUAAUGGUAAAAUGAAUGUCUCAUUUCCACCUAAUUUGGCUACAGUCGGUGAGGAACCAGAGCCUAUUGACUUGAUCAAGGAUCGACCAGCCGAAGCUCAGGUUUUCUCAUCUCUGCAAAUACUAACUGCUGUUUUUGGUUCAUUCGCUCAUGGAGGCAACGAUGUCAGUAAUGCUAUUGGACCAUUAAUUGGUCUUUGGCUUAUCGCUACAACACAGUCAGUUGAUUCCUCCAAACCUACAGAUCUUUGGAUCCUUGUCUAUGGGGGUGUUGGUAUUUCCGUUGGUCUUUGGAUAUGGGGUAGGCGUGUUAUUCAAACGUUAGGAGAAGACCUGACAAAAAUGACACCAUCUAGUGGCGUUUGUAUUGAAAUCGGUGCAGCUUUAACUGUUUUAAUUGCAAGUAAAAUUGGCUUACCAAUAUCUACUACACAUUGUAAAGUUGGUUCAGUUGUCUUUGUAGGACGUGCACGAUCUAAAGAUAACGUGAACUGGGGGAUAUUUCGCAAUAUCCUAAUUGCUUGGUUGGUAACUCUGCCUGCCGCUGGUGCUAUAUCUGCUUUUCUCAUGUAUAUAUUUACAUUUAUUGUAUGAACAGUUUACAUCAUUAUCUUCAUGAUCACCUAAUCAAUACAAGCUCAAAAGAAACAAAUGUGUAUAACUAGUUUUUAUUCCCCUUCACUUGUGUUAUGGUGAAUGUUUCUCUUUUAUACCACUUUUUGUUACUUUCCCACGUCAUUGGUACAUGCACACACAUGGACAUAAGAUAAAAGAGAUAUAUAUGUCCACUUUGGUGUGUAUGCAUGCAUUUUUCCACGUCGAUCAUCGUUUCAUAAAGUAAUUACAGAAAAUUCUGACUAUCCGUUCUUCUUUUCUCUUCAAAACUCUUUAUCUUUUUUUAAAACACCCCUAUAUGUUCCUUUUCGAUAACCUUCGCCUCUAUGCGGAACCCCGUAACCUACAUAUGUAUACAUACAUGUCAUAUGCAAAGCGAUUUGAGGAUAUUAAGGAAAAUUUGUUGCAGUAUUUGGAAAGUGUUAUAUCUAUCAAUUUAUCUCUUUCCAUCCUGCCUCCAAAAUGAAUUUUAGAAUGUUUUAUUUUUCUAGUAAGUUCUUAAUUGGCAAACUGUUCAGUGAACACACCAACAACAAUUUAAUUUAUUAUUUAAUUGAUUGAUUGGCUGAUUGAUUAUACUAUUUCAAUAUGCAUCUUUUUCCGUU